CUUCCGCUCCUCCCAGAACGUCACUCGGCCAAGAUGGCGAGCGGAGGAGUGUCCGUGGCUUCGCUGUGGACCGAAGUGAACCGCUGCGGGCAGAAUGGAGACUACACCCGGGCCCUGAAGGCUCUCACUAAAAUUUUGCAGGAUAACAGGGAGGAUGUGACGGCCCUUCAGUGUAAAAUCGUUUGCCUUACUCAGAACGGCAGCUUCAAAGAGGCUCUGAAUGUCAUGAACACUCAUACAAAAAUGCUCGGCAGUGAGGUGGUGUUCGAGAAGGCGUACUGCGAGUACCGGCUGAACAGAGUGGAAAGUGCCUUGAAGACCAUUGAAAAUGCUCCGGAGCAAACUGACAAGCUGAAGGAGCUUUACGGUCAAGUGUUGUACAGACUGGAGCGAUACAACGAUUGCAAGUCCGUCUACACAGAUCUGAUCAGGAACUCCCAGGAUGAGUACGAGGAGGAGAGGAAGACCAACCUGGCUGCUGUUCUGGCUGCAAUGAGUCAGUGGGAGAAGGCCCCUCUGGAAGAUCUCGGUCUCCCAGAGUCGACCUAUGAGCUGUGUUACAACACUGCCUGCGCUCUGAUUGGCCAAGGACAGCUCAUGGAGGCUUUUAAUAAAUUACAACAGGCAGAAGAGCUUUGCAGAGUCUCGCUGGCAGAUGAUUCUGAUGUAACUGAAGAGGACAUUGAGUCGGAGUUGGCCGUCAUUCAUUCUCAGAUGGCUUACAUCAUUCAGUUACAAGGUCGGACAGAUGAGGCGCUGCAGCUGUACAACCAGGUCAUCAAGCUCAAACCGUCAGACGUGGGGCUGCUCGCUGUGACUGCCAACAACAUCAUCACGAUAAACAAGGACCAAAACGUGUUCGACUCAAAGAAGAAGGUGAAACUCACCAACACUGAGGGUGUUGAGUACAAGUUGGCGAAGAAGCAGCUGCAGGCCAUCGACUUCAACAAAGCUCUGCUGGCCAUGUACACAAAUCAGGCCGAUCAGUGCAGGAAACUGUCCUCCAAUCUUCAGUCUCAGAACCCGGGUCACCCUCGACCGGUCCUCAUCCAGGUCGCUCAGCUGUGCAGAGAGAAGCAGCACAGCCGAGCCAUCGAGCUGCUCCAGCAAUUCUCUGAUCAGCAUCCAGAGAGUGCGUCUGGCAUCAAACUGACAAUGGCACAACUAUAUUUAAUACAAGGUCAUGUGACAAAAGCCUGCGAUGUCCUGAGGUCCAUUGAAGAGUUCAAGCACAAAUCAGGGAUGAUUUCAGCUCUAGUAACGAUGUACUCCCAUGAAGAAGACAUCGACAGCGCUAUUGACGUCUUCAAACAAGCUAUCGAGUAUUUCCAGUCUGAACAGCCUGGAUCUGCUUCACACUUGGCUCUCGUACGAGAAGCUGCCAACUUCAAACUGAAGUACGGACGGAAGAAGGAAGCCAUUAGUGAUCUGGAGCAGCUGUGGAAUCAGAACACCAAGGACAUCCACACGUUGGCACAACUCAUCUCAGCGUAUUCCCUGGUGGACACAGACAAAGCCAAAUCCCUUAGCAAACACCUCCCCUCCGCCGAGGCCAUGUCUCUCAACGUGGACGUGGACGAGCUGGAAAACUCACACGGGGCCACAUAUGUCAGGAAAAAAGCCGCUAAAGUCCCGGGAGAAACUCUUCCUAAAGAACAAGGCCAAGCUGAGAUCAAGAAGAAGAGGAAGAAGAAGAAAGGCAAAUUACCCAAGAACUGCGACCCUAAAGCAACCCCCGACCUUGAGAGGUGGCUUCCCAUGAAGGAGCGCACCUACUACAGAGGCAAGAAGAAGGGAAAGAAGAAGGAUCAGAUCGGAAAAGGCACGCAGGGAGCGACGCCAGGAGCUUCAGCCGAGCUGGACGCCAGUAAGACGGCCACUAGCCCCCCUACCUCCCCCAGACCAGGGUCUGCGUCCGGCUCCACUUCAGCCCCCGGCAGCAACGUGGUCCCACCGCGGCAGCAGAAACCUGCCGCCUCGGGGGCCACUCGCAAGAAGGCACCACAGAAGAAGAAGAAGGGCGGGAAAGGAGGCUGGUAGACGGGAGGAGGAGAGAGCCACGGGACACAUUGACGUUUGUGUGGCCGACAAAUCACCAAGAGAUCAUAAACUCUCUUUUUUUUUUUUAUGUUUCAACUUUCAUUUUACUUUUGUUGUUGCCGUUCAUUUAAAUGUCUCAAACCAAAACUUCCCCUUUUCGCUGAACGUUUAAAGGACAGCUUCUCUAAAAUGAACUUUUAGUUGCUCUUCAGAAGAUGACGUUUCCUCAAGUGAGAGUUUUGAUUUCUCUCAAGUUCAUGAACUUUGAGGUGAGACGAGAAUGAUUAAAUGAAAACUUCCUCAGUCACUGAAACUUCUUUUUAAAUGUCCACUGACAGGAAAGAGGCUUUUACUUAGUGUGUGGAGACCGAAAUCAAGUUCUGGUUUGGUAGGUGGAUCUGAAUCCUACAUUACCCAUGAGCCUCUGCUUCACAUCUCGAUACAGGAGCCAUUCAGAUGUGCAAAUUAAAAAUUCAAGAGCUCCAACGUUACUAAAUGAAUCCGAUGCAUCAAGAAACUUAGACAUGUCGUUCCUCCAGCUGUGCACUCGCCUCAAUGAGAACCUUCCUGUUAAUCCAGAGGUGGCUUCUGUACAGUCACAUCUGUAACUGUAGAGAGUAGCUGGUUCUCUUCUGCAGAUCUCUGAGCUCCAGCGUUCAGCUCAGACUGGAGAGCUUCUCUCUCAGCUCUCCUCGUCAGGUUCCUCAAGUUUUCCUCCUCUGGAAAAGUCUGACAUGAAGCCGGCUCCUCCAACCGAGCUUGAAUAUUUUUUAUAUCAAAUCAUGCAUCUUUCUCCCCUUGAACAUGUUUCACAGAUGCAUCUUCCACAUGUGAGGAUGCUGUUUGCAAUCAGCCACAAUGUUGAACGUGUUCAUUUUCAUCCAAUAAUUAAAACAAGAAAUCUUGAUACUGUGGAAAACACGGAUGAGUUUAAGGACCUUUUGGACAUUUUGUGAAACCUGCUGCUUCGACGAUGUAACUUGAAGUUCCGAUUUGGGAGAAUUGUCUUUUAAUAUUUUGUGGUCGGACGUCAAACUCUGCAUCAUCUCUGAAAUUGUCCCUUUACUUUCAGUCGACCAUCGACCUCUGAGCAUUGGAUGAAAUGUCAAAGAAUAUUUAUUUUUGAAUUCCUGUGUUGGUCUUAAUUCAAGCGAGAGAGAAUUUUAACUCGAGUUUAAUUCUGUCCGAUGCAUGUUUUAGGAAAUGAGGAAAGAGACUUUUGGCCAAACAGGUUUCCAGUUUUGUUAAAUCUUAAUAAAACUAACAGCAACACAAA